AUGCCCAAACGUGAGAAUACCUCCCUGUCAAAGGUUAAGAAGAAUGCCUCCCUGAAAAAGGUAGAGAAGAAUGCCUCCCGCUUGACGGUAGAGAAGAAUACCUCCCUGUCAAAGGUAGAGAAGAAUGCCUCCCGCUUACCGGUUGAGAAGUCCCGCUCAGCGGUUGAAAAUUCCUCCCUGAAAAAGGUUGAGAGAGAUAUAGCCACAAAAUAUGGCAAAAUGCAGACCAAAUUGUCUGAUUUGAUCACCGAAUUUAUGGUUAGCAUUGAAGGGCUAAAGUUAGUAAUUAAGUUGGCUGAAAAAAACGCCACUAAAGACAUUUUGACAAAAGGUGAUAUACGUAUUUUGAAAGAAAAGGCUAAUCAUUGCCAAAAACACUACAACAAAAUUGAAGCAAAAUUUGCGCAAUGGAAACAUGACAUUGAUAUUAAUUUAUCAAGAGAUGAAGUGGGUAAAUCGAGGGAAAUGUCUCAGUAUGAAAAAUUCAGAUUGGAAAAGAAUUAUGACUGUUUUUGUCGAGAUUAUGGUACAGUAAUUACAUCGGCCGUAGAAUUGUUGAAAAAAUACAACGAUUCUGAAAAUGAAUCUAGUCUUGCGUACUCGGCUACAAAUUAUUCUGCAUCUGAAGAUACUGUAUUGGAUGAUUAUGUCAGGAAAGACAAACCUCUUGCUGAAAGUAUGAAUUUCAAAGGAGAUUCUAAUUUUGAAACAUCGGAAGUUGUCAUGCCAGAAAUCAGAAAUCAUAAAUUUCAAAUUUUUGAUGAAUCAAUCGGUAAACUGAAUACAACAUCAAAACAAGUUUUUGUAAGCACGAUUUACGAGUCUACUCCAAAAAUUAAAACGCAAGAGACUUCUAAAUCAAAAUCGAAGCCAAAUUCUCAUUUAGAAAGUAGUUGUCAAGAAGCAAGACAUUGUUGUUCGGCUACACAACCAAUUAUUAAUGUAUCGUGUAGUUCUGAGAGAAGAAAGCUACCUCCAGUCCACGAUAUUCCACAUUUUUCGGGCGAAGCAGACACAUUCCCUGAAUUCUGGGAUUACUGGAAAUAUCAUGUUCAUGAUGUUGAUGCUCCAGUCACUGACAAGUUGACCAGUCUCAAAGCUGUCCUAAAAAAUGGUUCAGCGUACAGCAUUGUGAAAAAUAGACGUUUGACGGUUGCUGAUUACAAUGCUGUCAUCCAAAUCUUACAUUCCCAGUACGGUGAUAGUCAAGAAAUAAUAUCUUCUUGGUUUGACAAGCUAUACAACCUUGAACCUCCAAAAGAAAUCGAAGCGAAUCAGAUCAGUGAUUACGCAAACACUCUGCUGAGCAUUAAGUCUCAAUUGGACUACUACAAUACCUCGAUUCCUGGAUUUAUGAUGUUAAAGAUUGCGAAAUCUUUACCACUAUCUUUGAGCGAAAUGGUCGAUUUACGCUGCUUAUACAAGCACGGUUCACCAUACAACAUGGAUGACCUUGUUGAAGCUCUCAAGAACGUAGCCAAAAAAGUGCAAAAUGUUAAAGGUAGUCAAGAACAAAUUCAGAAAAAUUUUGAAACUAAGAAUCCUCAGAAUAAGACUCUUUCAUGUAUAUUAUGUCAAGAAAACCACAAGCCCAGUUAUUGUACGAAGUACCAAACGAGAGAAGACAGAGUAAACUGGAUAAAGUCUAAUAAACGUUGUUUUAAAUGUCUUGGAACUAACCACAGUACAAAAGAAUGUGUAAAAAAUAUUGUGUGUAGAAUUUGCAAGCUAAACCAUAACACUUUACUGUGUUAUAAAGCAUACAAACAAGAACAACCUACACAGAACGAAAAAACAGGGUUUUCUUUCAAAACAAGUUGGGCAAACUCAGUUCAAGCUCGAAAACCUGAGGUGAAACAAGUAGAAAACAAUCAUAUACAUGAUUUGUCUUCCGAAAAAGAAAGCAGGUUUGGGUGUAUAUUAACAAUGCUUGCUGGUACUAACAUGAAAGUUAUGCAACAAGGUGUAGUUUUUGUGGAUACUGGAUGUAAACAGAAUUUAUUACGAAAAAGUGUAGCUCAAUCUCUCCAGUUACCUUUGUUAAACCCAAAUCCGUUACAAAUCAAAACAGUGAGCGGUAGUAUACCAACUGAAGCCUACUAUUCAAACAUAAUUUUGAUUCCAAUCGAUACUCAAGGUCAAAAAAUAGAACCGAUUAAUGUUGAAGUUACGGUGGUUGAUGAUAUUAUUCUUGAUGAAGUAAAUUCUGGCAAUCUAGACAAAAACAUUGAUGUUGUCCUAGGUAUUGAUGGAAGCCACGAAAUUGAACUCAAAAUGACAAAAUCUGUCGGAAAAUCAGGCUUCAAAUUAGCCACAAGUAAAUUAGGAUCCUUUGAAAGUGGAGCUUUGAAAACAAAAUCAGCUUCGAUUACGGAAAUAAAUCAUAUGAUUUUGGUUGAUGAAAAAGAGGAUGAUGAUCCCUUUAAGUCGCUACAAAAUUUUGAAUUACAAAAAUAUUGUAAUUGGACAGAUACCAUGGGUAUUACAAAAGAAGAUUCAGAAACAAAAAGAGAAUCUGAACUCAAUACCUUUAAAUUUGUUAUUGAAAAUACAGUACAAAAUGAAGAAACAGGUCGAUAUUCAGUCCCCCUUCCAUUCAAAGACAAUUCGGUCGAUAUUGAGAACGAGUUUAAACGUUGUUUUGGAAGGCUACAUCACAUUGUACAAACUUUGGACAAGAAACCUAAUUUGAAGACAGCAUAUGACAAAAAUUUUACGGAUUACUUAAAAUUAGGUAUUAUUGAAGAAUGUGAAUUCCACAGAUCGACUGAUAAAACAGUUCGUUACAUUCCUCAUUUGCCAGUUGAAAGACCUGGGCAUCCUACAACUCCAGUACGAAACGUUUUUGACGGAUCGGCUAAAGAUAAAAAUGGCAUUUCAUUAAAUAGUUGUUUGAAUCAAGGCUUUACUUUGUUGCCCGAGAUACCAGACAUUAUUAUCAAGUCGAGAAAGUUCAAGUAUCUUGGUAUUGCUGAUCUCGAGAAAGCAUUUUUAAUGGUUGAAAUACUUGAAAAAUACCGUGAUUCAGUACGUUUUCUUUGGCUGAAAGACAUCACUAAACCAGUCACAUACUCAAACAUCAAGAUUUUUCGAUUCAAACGUGUUACAUUUAGAUUAAUUUGUAGUCCAUCGCUGCUGGCAACGGUAAUCCACCUACAUUUAUCAAAGUAUGUUGAGAAAAUCGGUACUAAAUCAUUAAAAGACAUUCUAUCUAUGUUGUAUGUUGACAACUUGUUUCUCGGAUCAAACGAUGAAGAGGUAUUAACAAAACAGGCGUUAGAUUUGAAAAGUAUAUUUGCUGAAGGAGCGAUGAACUUGAGAGAAUACAGCUCAAACAGCAAAAAACUCAUUGAUUCGUUUCAAGAAGCUGACAUUGCCACAAGAAAAAUCCUGUUCCUGUUAUAA